AGAAUGCACUGCAGCUGUCAGUUUCAGCAGCCGAGCAUUGUAUAGGUGCUGUAACUGGCGAGGAGUAAGCUGACAAACGGGCUGGCUUUCUUGCUUCCAGUGCUUCAAACAUGGACCAGGACAACAACUCAGAGGAUGAGUCAGUCGGCCCAUCAGAGGAUCCCUCAGAAGAGGAACUGCCUUGUCUACCUCCAGGGCUCUCGGAUGGUGAAGCAAUGGAGCUGCUUUGGCAGUUGCGAGCCCAGCGCCGCCAGUCGUCCCCUGAGCUGCCAGACACAGUGACCCGUCUCACUGCCCCUGAUGGCAGCCUCCUGUACCUGGUGGGCACUGCCCACUUCAGUGACAGCAGCAAAAAGGAUGUGGCCACGACCAUCCGCGCUGUGCAGCCAGACGUGGUGGUGGUGGAGCUGUGCCAGUACAGAGUGUCUAUGUUGAAGAUGGACGAAAAUACACUGCUGCGGGAAGCCAAAGACAUCAACCUGGAAAAGGUUCAGCAGGCCAUCAAACAGAAUGGGCUGAUGUCUGGCCUGAUGCAGAUUCUCCUGCUCAAAGUUUCAGCUCACAUCACGGAGCAACUGGGCAUGGCUCCUGGAGGAGAGUUUAGGGAGGCAUUCAAAGAGGCUGGACGGGUGCCGUUCUGUAAAUUUCACCUUGGGGACAGGCCGAUUCCUGUGACGUUCAAGAGAGCCAUUGCUGCUCUCAGUCUGUGGCAGAAGGCCCGUCUGGCAUGGGGUCUUUGCUUUCUGUCAGACCCAAUCAGUAAAGAGGACGUGGAGAAGUGCAAACAGAAGGACCUGCUGGAGCAGACCAUGUCAGAGAUGAUCGGCGAGUUUCCUGCUCUCCACCAGACCAUCGUGGCUGAAAGAGACAUCUACCUCACACACACGCUCCGCCAGGCUACACGCUGCGUGGAGUCCCCCCCUGAUGCCCAGAAAGUGCCUGCUGUGGUGGUGGGAGUUGUAGGGAUGGGCCACGUCCCUGGCAUAGAAAGAAACUGGGAGAAGCAGCUCAACAUUAAUGAAAUCAUUAGUGUUGCACCUCCCUCGCGUUUCAGCUGGGUGUUGCACACAGUCAUAAAGGGUGUCAUGAUGGGAAUGCUGGGAUACGCCUGCUACCGUGUUGGAGGGAGUUUAGGUAGAGUCGUGCUGUCCUUACCUGCGGUCCAAUCUUUACUGGAGACUCUGCGGUCACCCCCUGCUUGAACCCACUGGUCUUCUCUGAGCCAUCAGUGACGCGACCUUUUGAUCUAUUAAAACAAUGCAUCGAUCACCAGUGGCCUUAAAAACAGGAGGUGAGGCUGGAGGAAAGGUUUCACCAGCCCACACUAUGAACUAAGAAGGACCUCAGGGGGUUAAAAGCCUCCCACCUCGUAUUGAUGUCCCUGUGGACACAGCAGGGCUGUACUGCCAAAGAAACCGCGACAGUACUUUUUCUUUUCUUUAAUAUUUUGUGCAAAUCCCGCAUUUUGUAAGGUUUACAAAUGCCUAUAAUUUGAAUAGAUUUACAUUCCCCCCUCCAUUUCGUUAAAUUACGUACACUCAGAGUUUUUAUUUGUAUCAUCGGAAUCCUCUUCAGUCAUCUGCCCUGAUAUGACUUAGCCAUUUUCCAAGAGGCACAUUUUUCUAAUACUCUUUCCUUAUUCCUUCCUCCUCUCUGGUGCCAACCAGCAUUUUUUGUAAUUGGCCAAUUCCAAAUCCAGCUGUUUGUCAGAGACUGGUAGAGUUGUGUACUCUACAUGCAGCCUAUGGAAUGGAAAAUAAAGUAAGUCAGUCAGUCAGUCAUAACUAUAAUUACAGUAACAAAUUACAAAAAUAUAAACCAGGAAAACUUUUCAUUUGCAUAGUUGGUGCAUGUGUAAGGUAAAUGUGAAUCAGUAGGCUGACCAUUAUUUUCUUAAUUCUUGAAAAAUCUACUAUUUGAAAUGUAUAUUAUUCAAAAUUCACAUACAGGAUUAGCAUAAGACAAAAUAUACUUAUUUCCCACGUGCACGGUCCUGCCCACAUCAACAGACAAGUGCCUCAUAUUACAGCAGUUAAGGGCUAAUGGUGGACUGAAUGAAAUGGGGAUCUGUGUUAUAUGCAUCUUAUACGUACUACAACCAAAUGGUCAAUGCAAGUUUCUAAUAUACUGUCUUUAUGAAAUUAUAUGAUAGGCGUAUUUUAUAAAUACUGAUGCCAUCAAUAUAGACUUUCUAGUUUGUGUUUGUCUUGGCUGCAGUUGAAACGGUUCCAUGGCCCAUUCAUUUUAGUCACCAUACAUUCAACAGGGACCUGACGCCGGACGAGCUUAACUGUGCCGAAGGACGAGCAAUGCAUUAAUCUGGUGAUUUGUAUUUUAAUUUACCUCCACUAUGAGGCACUCAUACAUAUUGGCUUGAACUAGCUCCAUCUCUAGAAUAAGGGUUCAUACAUGACACAAGAAUAUGCAUCAUAUACGGAAAGCCAUCUUUAAAAACGUCAUUCAGCACACCAGCUGUUUGUACUUUUAUGAUAUAUGCAUUAAUCGCAACAUGGGAAUGGGGAUUGAGGUGAUAAAAAAAAAAAAAAAUUUCAUUAGUUUGUUUCCCUCAACUUAAGGAUUGGACUUGACUGUAAUGAUUUCUAAGAGGGAUUCCCAUGGAGGGAAAUGUGUUGACUUGUUAUGACUACUGUGAAGGAAAGUGACAGUUUAGAUUGGUCAGUGUUGGGAGGUAAAGCCUUACACUGUUAUCACUGCUGCCUUUGACCCUGAGAUUGCCUCCUAUGCUGAAGCUUGUUAUCACCAACACUGACCUGUGGCCAUAGUAUAGAGCUUCUCAUUGCACGUGUACAAAUUGGCUAGAUGACAUUUCUGGAAUUUUAUGUGGGAGAUUAUCUAAAUAAAUCCAACAGUCUGAACCAGCUA